UCACUUAACUGUCUUUAUUUGUUUUUAAAUUAGGAUGGAGAAGAAGAAUUUAACCGUGCUAAACUGCUGAAUAUAGGAUUCGCAGAGGCUUUGAAAGAGUAUGACUAUGAUUGCUUUGUGUUUAGUGACGUAGACCUCAUCCCAAUGGAUGACAGGAACACCUACAAAUGUUACAGCCAGCCACGGCACCUCUCUGUAUCCAUGGAUAAAUUCGGAUUUCGGUUGCCUUACAAUCAGUAUUUCGGAGGUGUGUCUGCCUUGAGCAAAGAGCAGUUCACAAAGAUCAACGGGUUCCCAAACAAUUACUGGGGCUGGGGUGGUGAAGAUGACGACAUUUAUAACAGGCUGGUGUUUAAAGGCAUGGGGAUAUCCCGUCCAGAUGCCAUCAUUGGGAAGUGCAGAAUGAUUCGGUAUUCCCGGGACCGGAAGAACGAACCCAACCCUGAGAGGUUUGACCGAAUUGCUCACACAAGGGAGACAAUGAGCUCUGACGGCUUAAAUACACUAUCCUACAAGGUGUUAAGAACUGACAAGUACCCUCUGUAUACAAAGAUCACAGUGGAUAUUGGCUCGCCAAAUAGCUAACAUCACAGACACAAGAGACCUCACCUAUGUUGCCCAGGACACUCGCCUCACUGGUGCUUUGUAUCUGCUGGUUUUAUAACAGUUGCAAAGAACAGAGAAAGAGGCCUCUUUUGGCAUGCCAAAGCGUCUCCAAAUUGGUUGGACAAGUGCUUU